AUGCCGUUGGCCUACGAUGAUACCGGAAUCGAAUAUUUCGAGCUCCAGGGCUUCAAAUUCCAAAAUGGAGUUACACUUCCCAAGGUGCGACUCGCCUAUCGAGAGUUCAACCCUACUGCUCAAAAGAUCGCACUGAUUCCCACUUGUUUUCGCGGGAGGAUCAAUACGACUUUGAACUUUACCACGGGAGUUUUGCGCGACCAUCGAGUUAUCGUCGUGGCAUUGUUGGGCAAUGGCGAAUCUUCGAGUCCUUCCAAUACCGAGAAUUUUCCAUCUACUCUCGACUAUCGAGACUGCGUUCAAGCUCAGUACGAGCUGAUCACCAAAAAGUUCAACCUCUCCUCCAUCGACGUGAUGAUUGGUUUCUCCAUGGGUGGACAGUGUACCUAUCAUUGGGCUGCCGUGUAUCCUCAGAUGCUCCGCAAUGCCGUGAUUAUAUGCUCGUCGGCAAAGACUAGUCUGCACAAUUAUCAGUUCCUGGAAGGGCCCAAAGCGGCUUUAUCGCAUUCAAUCGAUUACAACGAUAGUGCCAUGAGAACCCAAGGGGUGCCACUUCGCGGUUUGCAUGCCUUCAGUCGCGCAUACUCUGCCUGGCUGACCAGUGCGGAAUGGUUUGAACAACGUCUAUUUGAGAAGAGUGGCUUCAAAACUAUUGAAGAAUGGAGCAAGGCGGGCGAAGAAGGCUACGAGGACUGGCAUGCGGAUGAUCUUCUCGUUAUGCUAGGAAUGUGGCAAAGGUCUGAUAUUGGGGUUGCUUUGGGAUCUGGUUCUGAGAAUCUUCCCAUCGAAAAAGCGCUCGAGAGCCUAAAUACGAGGAUUCUUCUUAUUCCUUGUCAGACGGACCAGUACUUCAAGUGGGAAGUUAGUGAAAAAGAAGUGUCAUAUCUAAAGAACGGAGAGCUGGCUGUUAUCCCAUCGAUCUGGGGACAUAUUGGCGGAGGCGGUGCCAACCCAAAGGAUACAGAAUGGAUGAAUCGAAGGAUUGCCAAAUUUUUAGAGACUAGAGAGUAG